UAUCAGCGCAGCGGUUGGUUAUGUUGUUGUUGUGUCUAAGCAUUCAUCUAAAUUUAUAAUUAUUAAUGGAACAACACUUCAAAAUCGUAAUGUAUUUUGAUUAGCAAUUUUUAUAUUUUUCAAUUCAAUAAUCGAUUCACAUUUAGGUCCUCAAAAUUUUAGUAAUGAAAAUUAUUGAUGUUUUAGUUAUGUACACAUAAGGCUUGCAGUUGAAAAGGGUUUAUUUGGAUGGACUAUCAUACUAAUUUAAAAAUAUUAGAUGACUUCAAUUUUGUAAGAGACAAAAGGCCUAAGCCUAGGCCCUUCAUUAUGUUUCAAUUUCACAUGAGAAAAAUAAUGUUAGUUAUUCUUAGCCUUACAGUCUUAUUCGUAAUCUAUCAACUUUCAUUCAGUGAAUCACUCAAUGUUAGUCCUAAAGAUAAUCAUCUUGCAAAUGAGUAUGGAAAGUCCUUAGAUGUUGAGGCAAUGCCUAAUGACAUUUUGGCAAAUUAUAAAAAUACUUUGACUGGUCAAUUAUCACAAAACCAUUGGUCAGCUUCAGGUCAUCUGUGGCCAGCUUCUGGAAACAGUAAACUUUCAAGAAAGGGGGCACCAUCCUUGUUCAACGGAGAUAAAAUUGUCCAUUUGGACCUUAAAGGUGCACCACCAAAAGUUUCAUAUUUUGAUGAAUUUUUCCCUUUGAUUAAGAAACUUGGAGCAACAGGUCUAUUGAUAGAAUAUGAAGAUAUGUUUCCUUACACUUCAGUUGACGUAUCAGCUUCAAACAGUUACUCGAGGAGUGAGAUCAAACAUAUAUUGAAUAAAGCCAAAGAAAAUAAUCUAGAAAUUAUACCUCUAGUCCAAACAUUUGGCCAUUUGGAAUUUGUUUUGAAGCUUCAACAAUAUGAACAUCUUAGAGAAGUGCCUCGUUAUCCACAGGUGAUAUGCCCAAGCCACAACGGCACAAUGCCUCUACUGAAGGGUAUGAUUGACGAUGUGAUGUCUUUGCAUCCGGAUGUCAAAUACCUACAUAUAGGCUGCGAUGAAGUCUACAACUUAGCCGAGUGUAAUAGAUGUCUCGACGUCUUGGUGAAGAACAACUGGAGCAAACAACAGCUGUUUCUGAGUCACGUUAACAAAGUUGCGAGAUACGUGAAGGAAAAAUAUCCCGGCGUCAAGCCGCUAGUUUGGGACGACGAGUUCCGUAAGCUCAGCGUCGCGGAGAUAACAGCGUUUGAUCUCGGUUCGCUGGUAGAGCCUGUGGUAUGGAAGUAUACCCCCACCAUCGAUACCUACCUUGAGGAGGCUGUGUGGGACAAGUACGCUAGUGUGUUCGGCUCCGUGUGGAUCGCUUCAGCGUUCAAAGGAGCAACUGGCCCCGACAAGAUCAUCACUGAUAUAGAAUAUCACCUGGAGAAUCAUCGGUCGUGGAUGAAGCUUGUGGCGAUGCACAAAGAUCGUCUCAAAUUCAAAGGCAUCAUGAUGACCGGAUGGCAACGCUAUGAUCACUUUGCCGUUCUCUGUGAGCUGUUGCCUGUUGGGUUACCGUCACUAGCCGUCAACUUGGGCUACUUGGCACAGAGUGAAAUCGAGUUGCGUACUCCGCCGUCUGCAGUUCAAGAAAUCCUUAAAUGCGGCCCUGGACUUUUACAUCCUAAAAUGGGAGCUCACUGCAGCUUUCCCGGCUCUAUUAUCUACGAGAAGGCUCAUCAGUUGGAAAAUAUCAUGGACCAAAUCACGCAAAUGGAGGAGUCCAGUGAAGCCAAAGGAUGGUUAUCUCAGUAUAAUAAACGCACGGGGUUCUCCAAUCCUGCACAUGUAGAGGGGGCUACAAAUGAAGUGGAUAGGUUCAAGAUGGAGCUGCAAUACCUGGAGCAGAACCUGAGGAAAGGAAUGACCGAUGUGUUUGAUCCGGAGACCAUCAAAGAGUGGAUCUACACUUACAUCACACCGGUGAACCAGAGAUUGCAAGCUAUGUGGGACGUGAGGGAGAAACUGUUAUCACACACAGUGUGGCCGAGAAGACCGCUGGAGAUACAUUAACUGUAGAUCUACACAAACUGUGAGUGAACACCAAAUGUUAGUCAAAAUAUAUUUUGUGUGAACGCGAAAUGUACAACACAAAUGUUGUCGACAAGACAAUUUUGCCAACACAAAAUGUGACAAAAACAAACUGUGGAUGAACACAACAUUUUUCCAAACAAGAAAUGUUGGUGAAACAAAUUGAUUCCCAACCUAAAAUUGUCGGUGAAAAAAAUUUUUAAGCCAACACAAACUUUGGAUGAACACAAAAUGUUUGCCAACAUAUUGGUGAUAGAACGUUAAGUCAACUUGAACUGUGAGUAAACACAAAAGACUGGCUUACACGAAAUGUAAGUUUACACAAACUGUAAACUAACUUAUCAUGACUUACCAAAUCAAAAUAGCCUCCCUUUGGUUAUAAUAUUUAAGUUACCUUUAAGAAUGUAUUUACCUGUAAAAUUAGGCUAAUCUAAAUUAGUCUAUGUGAAAACUUUAUUUAAAUAAUACUUCAGUUUUCUUAUCCCAAGUAUCUCUUUACUGAAACUGAAAUCGUUUACAUUUACAAAUUUGUUUCAUAGUAUCAAGAAGUUUUA